AUUUGGGCGUUUCAUCCUCCACUAACUCGUCGGAGAAGUCAAAGGGAGCCGUGUCACUCAUGUCGCCCCGCUCUCUCCUGAAGGCAGAGCGCACCUUGCUCAGCAGUUUCCCUCCUGACAUCUUUAAAAGGAAUCCAGGUGUGUCCAGAUUGUUGAGGCUGGCUGAGUAUGGAAGGCAUUGAGGAUGAAAGACCGUCGUCUCAUGAGGAACUUCCACACAUAGACGAUGAGCAGCUGUCAGUGCAGGAGCAAGCAUGUAUGAAGAGCUGCGCCCCUCUAGGAGACGUGUGUAUAGAUAAGAAUGCUGUGUACAAACUCACAGACGGCUUACUCUCCCACUACCUGCCUAGUCUGCAGAACUCUAAACGUACGCUCCAAGAGCUCACACAAAAUCAGCUCAUAUUGUUAGACACACUGGACCAAGAAGUCACCAAGUUCCGAGAAUGCAAUGCCUUACUUGACCUAAAUUCAUUGUUUACAGAGGCCAAAAUUUACCACAACAAACUGGUCAACAUCAGGAAAGAGAUGAUUUUACUCCAUGAAAGGACAACAAAACUAAAGAAAAGAGCUUUGAAGCUGCAGCAACAGAAGCAGAAGGAGGCACUAGAGAAGGAGCACCAACGUGAGAAAGAGCUAGAGAGAGAGCGACAACUCACUGCCAAACCUGCCAAAAGAACAUGAGAUCCUGCUGCUUUGUGUGCUCUUGAGUAUGUCAGGCUGUUUUCUAUAAUCAAGAAUCGUUUGCAUUCCUGUCAGUAUUUAUAAGCGUUUUGAAACAUAAAGAGUCAUUAAAGAAAAUGACACAUUACCAUGAGGAAUAAUCGUAUUACUCAGUACUGACACCAUUUUUAAUCCAAGGGUUUUAGAUAUACAAGUGUUCACAUGAACAAAGUAUUGCAGUAAAAGUGCACCAGGACAAUUUCCUUUUUUAAAUCCGUGUCCCGCCAAUGGUUUUCAUUUGAGAAAUAAUGGGUUAAUGUCCACUUGUCAAGAUAGCACUUAAAAAUUGCAAUGAAGGAGUGGAGAAUAUUUGUUAUUAACUUGGUAUUAAAGCGGCACUACUUGGAGCUAAAACAAAUCCUGAUUGGAAUGGCACAAGUACUUUUAUGGUCUCAUGCAGUGGUUCUCAAACUUUUUUCACCAAGUACCACCUCAGAAAACAUUUGGCUCUCCAAGUACCACCAUAAUGACCAACAUUAAAAUACAGUAGCGUAGUAGACCCACGUAUUCAUUAUAAACAAAGCAGAGGUUUUAUUUAACAAGUAUAUUUAUUAUGUUUGGCUAAUGUAACAUUAAACACAGUUUGAACAGUAACAAUGUGUUUGAAUAUAGGAAAAUAAAACACUGUAAUUUAAAGUGAUUAUUUGGCGCACCACUAGAUGGAACCUGCAUACCACUAGUGAUACAUGUACCACAGUUUGAGAAUCACUGGUCUAAUAGGAUCCAAUGCAAAAGCUGUAUUGAACAUUCUGCUUUUACUGCUUUUUGUUUUGUUUGACACUGUUAUAGCGUUAUUCGUUUAAUAUGUUUGGUAUUUUUAUUCUUUGGUAUGCAGCAAUUGUAUUGUUUUUGCCAUCCUGGAGAGUUUUCCAAAACGACAUUGCACCUGUGAAUAACUAAAGUGGUACAAUACUGUACGUGUUUCAGUCACCAUGUAUUCACUAGUUAAAGCCAAAGAUGAUACUUUUAACAAAUGAUGGUACUUCCAACUGUCAAUCUCUCAACACCUCAUUCCUUCAGGUACAACUAACCUGUUUGUUAUUGUUCAAAUCAAGUGUUAACAUAAUUUACUACUGGGCGUUGAAACCCUCAAGUGUUUGAAAUGUUAUAAAACUUUGCUUUAAAAAUGA